CCCAAACUUGGCUAUUCAUAGUCCACCAAAGUUCCAGCCUUUCUCCCUCUUUCUCUCUCUCUGCCCUCUCCUCCACCAUGGUCGCCACCGCCACCAACGCCAACGCUGCCGCAGCCUCCGGCCUCUCGCCGCCGCUCGGCAAACCCUAUUGCCUCUCCAACAACCCAUCUUCCAAAGCCUCUUCCCUCUUUCCCAAAACACUCCUAAAACCCGUUGUCCACCCCUACAAAUCGGCCUUCACCGCCGCCUCCGCCUCCAGAAACCCUAUCUCAGACGUUAUCAAACACGAUCCACAUGGUUAUCUGUCGAUCACUGACCCGGACGACGAUAAGCCCCGCGAAGAGUGCGGCGUCGUCGGCAUCUACGGCGACCCGGAGGCGUCGCGGCUCUGCUACCUGGCCCUCCAUGCGCUCCAGCACCGCGGCCAGGAAGGCGCCGGAAUUGUCACCGUCCACAACAACAUCCUCCAGUCGAUCACCGGCGUCGGCCUCGUCUCCGACGUCUUCAACGAGUCGAAGCUCGACCAGCUCCCCGGCGACAUGGCCAUCGGCCACGUGCGCUACUCCACUGCGGGCGCCUCCAUGCUCAAGAACGUCCAGCCGUUCGUCGCCGGCUACCGAUUCGGGUCGGUCGGCGUUGCCCACAACGGCAAUCUGGUCAAUUACCAGACCCUCCGCGCCAUGCUCGAAGACAACGGCUCAAUCUUCAACACGAGCUCCGAUACAGAGGUAGUCCUCCACCUUAUCGCCAUCUCUAAACAAAGACCCUUUUUCUUGCGAAUCGUCGAGGCCUGUGAAAAACUAGAAGGCGCCUAUUCAAUGGUGUUUAUUACAGAAGACAAAUUGGUGGCUGUUCGAGACCCUUUUGGGUUUCGGCCGUUGGUGAUGGGUAGGAGAAGCAACGGGGCUGUAGUCUUCGCUUCUGAAACUUGUGCCCUAGACCUGAUAGAAGCGACAUAUGAGAGAGAGGUUUAUCCCGGCGAAGUGUUGUUGGUGGACAAAGAUGGGGUUCAAUCCCUCUGCCUAAUGCCUCAUCGUGAGCCCAAAGCUUGUAUCUUUGAGCACAUAUACUUCGCCCUGCCCAACUCAGUGGUCUUCGGGAGGUCAGUGUAUGAAUCACGGCGGGCUUUCGGGGAAAUACUAGCGACCGAGGCCCCGGUGGACUGUGAUGUGGUGAUUGCGGUGCCUGAUUCCGGGGUUGUGGCUGCGCUUGGCUAUGCUGCCAAGGCCGGGGUGCCCUUUCAGCAGGGGCUGAUAAGGUCACACUAUGUGGGGAGGACCUUCAUUGAGCCAUCACAGAAGAUUAGGGACUUUGGGGUGAAGCUGAAGCUGUCCCCUGUUCGGGCCGUGUUGGAAGGGAAGAGGGUUGUGGUUGUGGAUGACUCCAUUGUUAGGGGAACCACCUCUUCCAAGAUUGUUAGGUUGUUGAAGGAGGCAGGGGCCAAGGAAGUUCACAUGAGGAUUGCAAGCCCCCCGAUGAUCGGCUCCUGUUACUAUGGAGUCGACACUCCUAGCUCGGAGGAGCUGAUUUCGAAUAGGAUGGGCGUGGAGGAGAUUAGGGAGUUCAUUGGGUCUGAUUCGCUCGCUUUUCUGCCAUUCGAGAGCUUGAAGAAGCUCUUGGGCCAUGAUUCUCCCAACUUCUGUUAUGCUUGCUUUUCAGGCAAGUAUCCAGUUGAGCCAAAGGGUAAAGUGAAGCGAGUUGGCGAUUUCGUUGAUGACGGAUUGAAUGGAAGUAUAGAAUCGAUCGAUGGGGGUUGGCUUCAGGGGAUUAGAAUUGAGGAGGGCAAGAGAGGUUCGAAGCAGGAACUGGAGGAGGAGAGAGUUUCACAGUAGUUUAUCACCUUCAUAUACCGACUGAGUUUAGUUUAUUGCUCGGAUUGCUUUAGUUUGGAGUUUUUAUAACAUUAGGUCGUCUUUCUUUCUUUCUUUCUUGACGCUGGCAAAGUUAGAGAAGGGAGGGAUCUUCAAUGUGUUUGCUUUGUGUCACUUGGAUUGAUGAUCUUCACAAUCCUUUAUGCAAUGUCUCUUACACAAAACUUGAAUGUCAAAGCUGGUCUCUUGUACUACAUUUUUGUCUAGUCGAUCUUACCUCUUGCAUAAA